UCUCCUCCCGGCAAGAAGCUCGAGUGCCGAGAUCCAUCCCGUCCCUUUCCCUAGCUCAGUCUCGAAGGAUUUAGGGUUGGGGUUUUUGAAGUGGUCUCCAUCGAAACCCUAAUCGCGCUCCGGAAUCGCCUGGAGUUCUGAAUCCGAGCCAUUGUUCAAGCCCUGGCUCUCCUCGCGGUUUCUGGUCGCCAAAAGGAACGGCGUCUCAAUGAAGCUAAGUUUUUCCCUUUUCUUCGCUGCAGAAAGUUAGGGUUUUUAAGCGAUUUUCUCUCUCUCUCCGCUUCGCUAAGUUUUUUGUUACUGCCUCCGUUCUUGAGAACUUCUGGCUUUCAUUUCGAUCAAAAGGGAGAUUGAAACUAUGAAUCGUUUGGAGCAAAUUUAGUAUUACAAGCGGGGUGCGAGGAAGAAAGAGGAAUUAGGCUUCGCUUUCGGGUUCCUUCCUCAAAAGAUUGAGAAAAGUUGGAGCUUUUCUCUUUAGUCGUUGGAAAUUAGGGUUUUUGCGGCAAUCCCGAGAGAGAAGUGGUUUCGAGGGACUCUUCUGAAGAGUAUGCUUCCAUUUAUGUGAUUUCCUUGAGAGAGGAACUUAGACUUUUGCUUGGAUUUGCGGGAAUCAGAGCGGUGCUGCGCCGAGGAGAAGGAUCAAGAGCGAAUAGAGGUGCGGGCGAAGAUUUUUAAUCAUUUUUUGCUUCGGAAUUUCGCGGAGAAGCUUAAACUAGUUUUCAUCAACUGUGGAGUUCAGUCCUGCUAUCUAGUUCUGAUCAGUUCGAAGAGUUAGUUUAUCAAGAUGAGUGAGACAAGGGAUAGCACUGAAUCAUCAGACCAAGAAAUGCCAGAACUUUCGGAAGAUGAGCAGAUUGACGAGGUGGCUGAAGAUGAGGACUUCUCACCUUUAAUCGAGAACCCAAUGGGGCAGAACUCUGAGUUGCAAACAGAAGCUUUUGCAGGAGCUUCUCGGGAACCUGCUUCAGUUGAACAGACUACUAGAAGCAAUGUCAUACUGCCUGACCUCAAAAAUGUUGCUGAGGAUCCUGGUCCUCUGAUUGAGAAGGAUGAGGCCUCAGAUCACCAUGAGGCAUCUGAUAUCAGGACUGGGGAGGAGAGCAAGCUGGAUAAUGUACAGUUGGAGAAUGGGGGCAGAUCUACUGCAACAGAUAAUAAUGCAGCUCAUUCUGAAGAAUUUACGGAUGCCUCACUGAAACAGGAAAAGGAAGGUGGAGAGUACUUAGCUGGUGUGGAGGGUUCUAAUCAGUCAUACACUUUCAACUCUUUCCUCGAUGGUGAUGAUUCUGGAACAGAAGAAGAACAGGCAGCAUUCAUGAAGGAGCUUGAAAAUUUUUUCAGGGAGAGGAGCAUGGAGUUUAAACCACCCAAGUUUUACGGAGAAGGGUUGAAUUGUCUCAAGUUAUGGAGGGCGGUGACUAGAUUGGGUGGUUAUGACCAGGUAACAUCGUGCAAGUUGUGGCGUCAGGUGGGAGAGUCUUUCAAGCCCCCAAAGACCUGUACUACUGUAUCUUGGUCAUUUCGAAUUUUCUACGAGAAGGCACUUCUUGAGUAUGAGAAACAUAAAAUUCGUACAGGUGAGCUCCAAGUGCCGAUUUCUUCGCUUCCAGACACUAUGGUUUCCGAUCAUCAGGUAGGUGGAAAUCAAUCAUCGGGCUCAGGUAGAGCCCGAAGGGAUGCUGCAGCACGUGCUAUGCAGGGUUGGCAUUCUCAGCGCCUACUUGGUAAUGGUGAGGUUGGAGACCCAAUCAUUAAGGAUAAAAGUGCAAUGCCUCUCCUGAAACGUGAUAAACAUCUUAAAAGUAUUGAUUUAGCUGUUUUUGUUAACAAUAUCAGUCUCUAUGGGUACUUACAAAUUUUUCAAAUGUGUUUAGGUUUACUGAAGAGGAAGAAAACAUCUGGCCUGGAUCGUGCAGCCAAAGUUACACAUACAAAAGUCAUCAGGCCACAAGGGGAUUCGAUGGUUGUUGAUGUUGGGGCUCCUGCUGAUUGGGUGAAGAUCAAUGUCCGGCGAACUAAAGACUGUUUUGAAGUCUAUGCCUUGGUUCCUGGGCUUCUGCGCGAAGAGGUAAAGAUGCAUGCCAUUCCUUGCUUCGAAACUGGUGCAUGUUCAAUCAGAUCCUGCUGGUCGUUUGGUUAUAUCUGGUGAGCCAGAGCAACCUGAUAACCCGUGGGGUGUCACCCCCUUUAAAAAGGUUAUUACCUUGCCUUCACGAAUUGAUCCACAUCAAACAUCAGCAGUUGUCACCCUGCAUGGGCAGUUAUUUGUACGUGCGCCCUUUGAACAGUCGGAUAUAUAAUAGUGACUUAGGUUUUCUCGGGCUAAUAUCUUGUAGUGGCAAAAUUGGGAAGCAAUAGGAGGUAUUCUGUGUUGAUGAUCUACUCUGUGCUUCAGGCUUGAAGAACUCUCAUGUUGCUGAGAUGACUGGUACUGUUUGAUAUCAUGCGGCAAAGCUCAAAUAAGCUGGAAUACUGGACCCCUGUUUAUGUAAUAUGUCAUAUGCGCUGAUAUUUGGUACUUUCAACUGUGGAUGUUGGUCCGACAUAACUGGGUUAUGGCUUGUUGUUUGUAGCUAGGGUUACUUAGCUAGGGUUGAGAAAUUUGAAUAGACAGUUGCAUAUUAACCUUGAAGAACACCAUCUAGGUGUGUGUAUUUGUAAAUCUAACUUUGAUAUCAGUGCAUGAGAGUGCUACAGGCUCAUCGUUGCAACUUCAUAUGAUCCAUAAUGUAGCAUCGUUUCCUUGAUGUUCGGUUAUGGAUCCCAUUGGAUGAAAUGAGCUAAACAUGGCUGAGAAUUUUGUGGAAUGCUUUGAUAGCAGACAUAUGUAAAUGUUUGGAGUGAUGGAAUUGAGAUUUGUAUUGUGUUGUUGUUGA